AUGGGUGCUAAAAAUAUGUUUUCGCGGAAAGCGAGAUCCUCGGAUACAUUUGUACUAGUGGCAAUGUGUUUUGCACUUUUUACUGACACAUUUGUGUACGGCCUGAUUGUACCAAUUCUACCUUUUCUGUUAAUGGAAAAUGGGAGUGUACCAAAUGCAUCAGUUCAAAAAUGGACAUCGAUACUAUUGGCGAGCUACGGUGGUGCUCUUCUGGUUGGAUCUCCCAUCGUCGGUUAUUUCUGCGACAGAUAUCACGCGCGAAAAUCUCCAUUGAUCUCUGGCUUCAUUGCCAUCGUUUUCGCGACUGUUCUAUUUAUAUUGGCGCACAGCCCUUGGUUAUUAGUGGUGGCCCGCAUUUGCCAAGGUUUAUCUGGUGCGGUGGUGGGUGUGCUGGGAUUGAGUAUGAUUGCCGAAACAGCAAGCCAGGAGCAUUUUCAGGCGUACAUGGCCUGUGGGUCGACGGCUUUGACAUGGGGAAUGUUAUGCGGUCCUAUGGCUGGUGGAUUUCUGUUUGCAAAAUUUGGCAUCGCUGGUGCAUUCGGACUCCCAAUUGCGCUACUUGUGGUAGACAUUGUUCUGCGGCUAUUGAUUGUCGAUGAGCAGAAAGAAGAUAAAGGUAAGGAUGCAGAGCCUUGCUACGAGUCCGAGGAUUCCCAAGAAGAAUCUCCCCUGUUGUUCAGCAAAGUAUCAAGCAACAGUUCGUUGAGUAUUUACAACUACUUGCAUCCGACAUUCCUGGGUGUCAUGUUCUCUGUCCUGGCGGUUUCCUGCGUUUUAUCCGCAUACGAGACGACGCUUCCCUUGUACGUCAUGGAGACCUAUAAUUGGACUAGUAUGGGCGCGGGGUUCGUGUUCCUUCCCCUGACGGUACCAGCUAUUCUCAGCAUUGCGAUCGCCCACUAUACAAGAAACUUCACGCCACGAACCAUCGUCAUGAUUGGUUUUCUCCUCAUGGUGGUGCCAAUGCUGGCACUCCGGUGGACGCAGGGAAAUACGAUCAAACAUGAGAGUCUCUUGGUGUGCAUGCUCCUCAUUAUUGGGAUUUGCGUGACGACGGUGCAAGCUAUUACCAUCGGGACCGUUCCCAAUGCAGUUCAAAAGAUCGAGGGUCUCUACGGGGUUACCGAGAAAGGCAGUGGACAGGGGCGGGGUUACGCUUUCUGCAAUAUGGCAUUCGCUGGCGGCCAAGCGAUUGGACCAGUACUUGCUGGACUGUUAAAGCAUAAAUUUGGCUGGGCCUGGAUGACUGUAGGUCUUGCUGGUUUAUGUUUGUUUGCUGGCAUGCUCGCGUUCUUUUCCACCCCGUCAGCCCCAGCCGACGCCCAGGAGAGUGAAGAAGACGAGUGCAUGUGA